CUUGUGUUCUCCUGUACUCCCGUUCGAGCUUCAUGGGAUAAUGUCAAGGAUGCCAAAUGCCUUACCAGAAAGGAGUUUACCGACAUUGGAUUGUUCAAUUCUUGUGUUAAUAUUUCUACUGACAUACUAUUUGCCCCCCUCCCAGUUCCAAUUAUUUGGAAGCUAAAUGCAAACCUCAGCACCAGAUUAUCAUUGAUCGGCGUGCUCAGCCUAGGAUAUGCUGCCUGCGCGGUGGCGAUUGCCAAAGCAAACAUACAAAGCCGCUAUUAUGAUAACAGCGACUCAUAUCGCAAGGACACGUACUCAAUAUGCAAUAUCGUCGAGCUCUGCGCGGGCAUUUUGGCCACUUCGCUUCCCGCUCUCCGUCCCCUUUUCCGCAGCCUCCUCGAAAUCACCAAGACACGGGAUGGAAGCCGAAACGGAGAUGAAACUGGUGGUACGAGUGGCCUGGGAAAUGGGUGUGCGAAAGGAAACUACUACAUUCAGAGCCAGGGCAUUGGAUUGGAUAACUUUCCUCAUAGUGCCACCGAGGGGAAGUGCAACGCUAGGAUAUUGGCGAAGAUUGCACGCAAGGGCGGUAGUAGAUUGCACAGCGAGGAGGAGUUUCCCGUAAAAGAGGAUUUCCCAACGGAGUUCCCUAUGAAACCAAGCAGAGACGAUGGCUCGUCUGCGGAGAACAUUCUACAGCUGCAGGGGAUAGAGAAAGGCGGCACGAAGGCGGUGAAGUUAUCGUUAUAGCGAUUGUGAUCAAGGAGGGAGACAACAGAGGACUAUCAUUUGAAAAAUAUAGUUUAGGUCUUGCACACGGUGG